AAACUCAAAGGGUUUAAACUUUAAAGGCGGAAAUGGAAGUGCUCUCUAUUUUUUUUUAGUUAGCAGGAAUGGGCGCCUUUAUAGAUGCAAAAUUGACCGAUGAGUGAUGUGUUAUCUCGCAAUGGAUUGUUGGUGUAGAAUCAAACUCCGCAAUCUGCCAUCUUCGCCUUAUCUCCACUCAGGAUUUCAAGCUAAUGGAAGGGUUUAUGCAAGUAAAAGCUCAGCUAAAAGGUUAAGGAAAGCAAAAGAACAACAAAAAAUUGUGAACCCACAGCUAACCGAAGGUCCACCAGAUGAACCCAAUGGAGCUCCAGAUAAAAAACCUUCUCCAGUUAAUCCUAUUAAUAAUUUGGAGUCAUCGGCUUUAAUUGCUAUUGCUUCUAGAAGUUCAGUUUUACAGGCAUGCACCGUCACUUCUAGUUUAAUAGCCUUUGGGGGCGUAAUAAUUCGACAGGGUUCUCAUUUGGCAUCGUCACAAGGAUGGCCUAUAGUUGAUUGCUCUUCCGAAAUAUCAUUUAAUUUUGAGAUGUGGCAUCUGCAAUUGGUUGCGGGUUUAGUCAUACUCAUAUCCUCUUCUCGGUUCUUACUACUGAGGACAUGGUCUGAUUUUGCUGAGUCUAGCGAGGCAUCCAAUCAACAGGUUCUAACAUCACUACAGCCACUAGAUUAUGCAUUUGUGGCAUUUCUUCCCGGCAUUAGCGAGGAACUUUUUUUUCGAGGUGCGUUGCUUCCGCUUUUAGGAACCAACUUCAUCAGUGCCACAGCAGUUGCUGCUUUAUUUGGGAUUUUGCAUUUGGGAAAUGGUCGAAAAUUUUCCUUUGCAAUUUGGGCCACAUUUGUUGGACUUGCUUAUGGUUAUGCCACGAUCUUAUCCUCCAGCCUUAUUGUGCCCAUGGCUUCUCAUGCAAUUAAUAACUUGAUAGGAGGUGUUAUAUGGCGCGUUUCACAACCGAAUAAUCAAAACAAAGAGGUAUAAACACUUUUAUAUAAAUUUUGACAAAAAAAAAAUUGAUAUGUAAUUAUCUGUUACGUUUCGAUAUAUUUUAUUAAUAAUAUAAGACAUGUUUAUUGUUUUGA